AUAAGGUGAAUCCACCAAUUUGUAAGUCGCUCUGGAUAAGAGCGUCUGCUAAAUGACGUAAAUGUAAAUGUAAACCACAUGGACAUACUGAUGCCUCCAUGAUAUCUGUUUUGCCAUUAUAAAUGAGGUAGCUGUAUUCAUUCACUGCCCUAUUCAUUCAUCUGCACAAAUCUGCUACAUUUGGAGAACAAGUCAAAUUAUUGUGUCAUGUUUCUGAUGUUCGUGGGUUGUACUGCUCAACAUUAAUAGCUGGUCCUGUGCAUGUUAUUAUGAUUCAGGUGAAGAACCUGCACUCUGCAGUGUCCUGUGCUGCCAUGGCCACACUGGGUGACAUGUACGUCCACCUCCAGAGGGCCAUGGACAGUGAGGUGGAGGGGACGGCACGCGUGCUGCUGCACAAAGCCAGCGAGGCCAACACCUUCAUCCGGCAGGGCGCCAACUGUGCCCUGGGUCACAUGGUGCAGAGCUGCACCCCUACCCGUGUCAUGAAUGCCCUGCUGGUCGGUGGGCUGAGCCACCGUAACGCUGCGGUGAGGAGCUGCACUGCUCAGCACCUGGAGAGACUGGCUGAGGUCAUGGGGUUGUCUCGUCUCCUGUCGGGGAAAAAAGACCUCACUGACCGUUUCUUGAUUGCCGUCAGUAAACUGGCUGUGGACCCUGCACAGGAAGUCAAGCAUCAUGGUCGCAAUAUCUUGAGAAACGUGGCCACCAAUGGCGACUUUGCUCAAAUUUGGGACAAAUUCGCUCCGAGGAAAGAGCGAGAAUCCUUGAGGGCGGUCAUCUCAAAGGUUAACCUCAAAGAAAGGAAUAUCUGAAUAAUCCCCAACUUGACUAUAUGUUUGUAUCUAAAUAUUUGUACAUUUCCCAACUUGACUAUUAUCCCCUCCAGUCCCCAAACUCCAAUAUUUUCGCUCAUUCUAAGAAAUUUGACACUAUCAUCCAAACCCCAAUGUAAAUGCAUCUUUAAGCUGCAUCGACUCCUUGUCCAAGUCCUGAAUUCACUAUAAGGCAAUAUGAACCACAUUCAAAGCACUAAAUGACCUUUCCUCGAAGCUCCUAUCUGAUCUACCAGCUCAAUAGUGGUCUACUGAAACCAUACUCACCAUCUCAGGGGGUGCUCAGAUCAUCAACCACUGACCUCCACACCAUCCUCAAAACCAGCAGUCCUCUUUUGGAGGCAGAUUGGUCAGUGCUCCUGUAUGGCACCAACAUUGUGGAUUUUCAUCCAAUACUUCUGAACUAUGAGAACAUUCUUUGGAGAAUAAAAUUAGGUAAAAUGGAAGCUGGCUACAGUCUCAGUUUUAUCCUCCAAGACAGUAUGAGGAUGUGUAACAACAAUACCUGUAGUUUAACUUGAUGCUCAGGGCCAGAUUACCAAAUGGACACGCAGGGCACCUGCCCUGUGGGCCCCGACCUCCAGGGAAUAUCAUCAUAACAUCCAAAACUAAAAGUAUAGUGGAUGUAUAUUACAGUACGUGGACGUUUUACAAUUCGUGAGCUCGUUUCAUAAUUUGUAGCCAUGUUUAAUAUAAAUUUGUGCUCAUUUUGUAGAAAUUCGUGAGCAUUUAAAAACAUUUAGUGGGGAUGUUUUAUAUCAAUUUGCUUAUUGGUGCUCUUCCAUGCCGUCUCGAGGACGGGUGCGUCACUUGAGUGGGUUGAGUCACUGACGUGAUCCUCCUGUCUGGGUUGGUGCCCCCCUUGGGUUG